AUGGCCUCUACUUCACCCUUCGCCCCCGCAUUGCCCCCAAAUUACCAUCUUACUACUCAUCCUACACCUGCUGCAUCCCGCCCUCUACUAAGCCCCCAGAAACAGAUACUGCCGCAUAAUUCUUACCACGGUGUUAAUGCACGAAAUUACCACUCUGUGCCUCGUCGGAGAAUGACGACGAGGUGCCAAGCGAUGGAGGUGUCGGUGGCAGACGGGUCGUCGUCGGCGUCUGGAGGCGGCGGUGGGGAGAACUGGGUGCCGGUAGUGCCGCUGGCUGCGCUGCCAAGGGGGGAGCGGCGCGUCAUAAUUCAAGAUGGGGAAGCCAUACUCUUGCUGUGGUAUAAAGAUCAGGAUGGGUGUAUAGUUUGCCCAUCAACUGAUAGCACAUUUGAUCUGCGCAACGGAUCCAUUAAGGAGUGGUAUCCCAAAAACCCAGUGCUCCGAGUCCUUACACCCGCUUUGAGGACGCUUUACGUCUACCCUGUCAAAACUGAUGAUCAAAACAUUUACAUUAGCCUCGGUACUGCUUCACUCGAAUCUGAUGCAGCUGCCGAAAUUGUCUUCAGUGGCAAGGCUCAACCGGGUUUUACAGCUACUGAUGUCAAUGUGGAUGAGGUGAAAAUGGUGGUUGAUGAGGGUCUAGAUGUGGCGUUUGGUUUCACGGCGAGGAACGAAAUCAUAAAUGGGAAGGCAGCUGUGAUUGGGUUCCUAUUGUUGUUAGAUUUUGAACUCUUGACUGAAACUCGUUCUGUUUCCUCUACUUCAGAAAGAAAGCUUAUACAGUUAGGUUAUAAUCCAGUCAUUCAGGCUCCUAGUGAAAUGAGCGAAACGAGUUUCCAUUUGGGCUUCCGUGGUGUGUUUAAGCUAUGA